AGAGAGACACGACAGAGAGAGAGCGAGAGAGAGAGCGAGAGCGAGAGAGAGAGCGAGAGCAGAGAGAGAGAGAGAGAGAAAACAAGAGAGAGAGAGAGAGAGAGAGAG